UAUGAUUUGCUAUCCUUUUUAUUUAUUUCGACCGGAAGUUUAAUUUGAAAUUACUUUCUCCCGCCCCCUUGACAGGCGGUUUUAGGGACCCUUCCUUCGUCCUGCCCGGCAAUAAGAAACACUCUUCCCGUCAUGCUGUGCGCGAACCCAAGCCAUUUAACCACGCCCCCUUUCUUGGAACGAUGCCUGACGCCGAAGUUCGAGUUUCCUCCGUUCGGAUAGGCUGUCCGUAUCGCUUCCAUUUUCUUCCCAGCAUCCCUCGCGUGCUUUGGUGUUGUUCCCGGCAUAACCCGCGAUCUCUACGCCCUUGACAACAGAGAUCCAAGAUGGCGACUGCCACCGGUAUCAUCCAGCGCCUUCGUAACUUUAUGGCGGGGCGAGACUUGCAAGCCAAACUACAACUGCGCUACACAGAGAUCGCCAAGCGGACUCCAGCCAGCCUCCAGCUCCCUUCCUCUCCUGUUGGCCCCAGCCACAAGCUUGCAGACAAUUAUUACUGUACUCGUGAUGGGCGCCGGCUGACUUCCCCUCCGAUUGUCAUUGUCUCAUCACAGAAAACCUUGGCCCCAGGAGACCAGGCAGCCAGGUUGGAGUCUGCUGUGGCCGUAGCUGACAAACCACCAGUGACGCCAGGCCCUGUUCCUCGGAAACUGGAGCUGUCCAAAGAUGAGCCCUAUUUGUGAAUGAACUGUAAUCUCUCAAGGCUGGAGCUGCUUGCCAGGAUAAUGGCUGCAAGUGUGACCCUGUGUGGAAAUAAUUCAGGCUAGGAGACUUCUGGUUUGUUUGGUGCGUAACUGAUUAAAGGGACUCAAUCCUUAAUGCAGGCUGAAA